AUGAGCAAUAUUUAUAUACAAGAACCACAUACAAAUGGUAAAGUUAUUUUACAUACUACUUCGGGUGAUAUUUCAAUAGAGUUAUUUUCAAAGGAAACACCGAAAACUUGUCGUAACUUCAUACAACUCUCACUCGAAGGAUAUUACGAUAAAACAAUUUUUCACAGAAUUGUUCCUGGUUUUAUUGUACAAUGUGGAGAUCCAACUGGUACAGGGCAUGGACCUUUUGUUGAUGAACUUCACACACGUUUAAGAUUUGUAAGGCGUGGACUUGUGGCUAUGGCUAAUGCAGGAAAAAAUGAUAACCGUAGUCAAUUUUUCAUCACUCUGGAUAGAACUGACGAAUUACAAAACAAGCAUACAAUAUUUGGAAAGGUAGUGGAUGAUACAAUAUUCAAUGUUUUAAAAAUUGGCGAACUUGAGGUUGAUGAGAAUGAACGACCUCUUUAUCCACCUCAAAUAAUCUCAACAGAAGUUGUUUGGAAUCCUUUUGAUGAUAUCAUUCCACGUAUCAGUGUUUUACAAGAAAAUUUGGUUCAACAACCUCAAGUUGAAGCAAAGAAAAAGAAAUUAAAAAAAAAUGUGGCAUUAUUAUCAUUUGGUGAAGAGACAAAUGAUUUUGAAAGCGGAAACAAUCCUAACCUAAAAAUUAAAAGUAUUCAUGAUUUAGUCGAGAAUGAUCCAAGAUUAAGCAAAGAACCCGCAGUUACUGAUUUUGAUUUAAAACGGAUUGAAUCUGAUAAGAAAAUGAGACAAAAUGUAAAAAGGAUACACGAAUCAAUGAAAUCAGACAAUUCUUUGGAAAAAAGUCCACAAUUAUCUAAAAAAGAUGCAGUUCGACAAGAGAUUGAACAAGUAAAAGAUGAUAUUAGAAAAAUAGAUCAACAAAAAAAAUUAGAGAAUGCCAAGGAAUCUAAAAAAAAAGAUAAAAAAAGAUCAUAUAUAGAACUUCAAAGGGAACAAUAUUUGGUUUCAGGUAAAGCACAUGCAACUAAAAAGAAAAAAGAGAAUCAGGAUUUAACUUUGGAGAAAUUAAAAGCUUUUCAGGACAAACUCGAUUCUGUGUUGCCUUCCGAAGAAAAUUUAAAAAAGAAAGUUGAAGAAGUAAAUUUAUGCCUUCUUCACUCAGUACCUGAUUGUUUGUCUUGUAGGGAUACAUUUGGCGAGCAUAAAGAAGAGGAAACUGAUGAAGGAUGGUUAUCGCAUCUUCUUGUCUUUGAAAAAGAUCUUAAAGGCAAAGAUUUAAUGCAGAGAAGAGACGACCCUGAUGAUUAUGUGGUAAUUGAUCCUAGAGUGCGUAAGAAACAAGCCGUUGAAGACGUAAAAGCAAAGAGAUCACAAAGCAACAAUAUAAGUGAUGUUUUUCAUAAAGAUAACCAUAAACGAAGUAGUAGAGAUCACGAUAAAGACAGAAAUCAAGAUGCAGACAGAUACAAUAAGGCUAGAAAAUUUGACGAUAAAGAACAAGAUUACAGUAAAAGCAGAUACAAAGAGAGCGACAGAGACCGUGAUAGGGAUCGUGAUAGAGGUUAUGAGAGGGAUCGUGAUAGGGACAGUCAAAUGGAAUUUUGGAAACCAGGAACAAUUGCUCCAGGGGCAAGCAUUGACCGUGAGACAGAAAAAGAAACAAACGAAAAUAUUUUUGCAUUUAUAGGCAAUCCAUUAUUGUAUCUUGUUGAAAAAUUCGAAACAACAAUUAUAGUUGGUCAAACUGGCUGUGGAAAGACUACACAAUUACCACAAUAUCUUUAUGAAGCAGGUUGGGCAGCAGUUGCAGAUCGAGUGGCGACAGAAAUGAAUGUAAAACUUGGUGAGGAGGUUGGUUAUAGUGUUCGAUUUGAUGAAUGUUGUGAUCCACAUAAAACACGGAUCAAAUACUUGACAGACGGAAUGCUUUUUCGUGAGGCAUUCGGUGAUCCAUUAUUAUCACGUUAUAGUGUGAUAAUGGUUGAUGAAGCUCAUGAACGUAGUUUGUACACAGACCUUUUAUUGGGAUUACUUAAAAAAAUUCAGAAAAAACGUCCCGAGUUAAAACUUAUAAUUUCAUCGGCUACCAUUGAUGCCAAAGUAUUUUACGAUUUUUUUAAUACAAAUAAAUCCAACGAUCCUACAAAGGAUAAUGUAUCUAUAAUAUCGUUGGAGGGGAAAAUUUUUCCUAUUGACAUACAAUAUUUAUCAGAGCCUUGUUCAGACUACGUUGAAAAAACUAUUCAAACCAUAUUUGAUAUACAUGUAAAGGAGCCACCUGGUGAUAUUCUUGUCUUUUUAACUGGUCAGAAUGAAAUUAAUCGUGUCGCGGAAGAAAUUUUAGAAAGAGCUACCACAUUACCACGUUCUGCUAUGGAAAUAAUUACAUUACCUAUUUAUGCUGGUUUACCAUAUGAGCAACAAUUAGAAAUAUUUAAAACAACACCUUAUAAUACACGUAAAGUAGUUGUCGCCACAAAUAUAGCAGAAGCAUCAAUAACCAUCGAAGGAAUCGUGUAUAUUAUUGAUUGUGGCUUUGUCAAACUACGAGCAUACAAUCCAAAAACUGGUAUGGAAAGUUUAACUGUCUCUCCGAUAUCGAAAGCAUCAGCUCGACAAAGAGCUGGACGUGCAGGGAGAUUAAAACCUGGAAAAGCAUAUAGACUUUACACGGAAGAUUCAUUUUAUCAAUUCCGAGACGAUAGUGUUCCAGAAAUACAAAGGAGUAAUUUAGCUCAAUUUAUACUUCACCUAAAAGCUCUAGGCAUUGAUAACGUUCUACGAUUUGAUUUUAUAUCGCCACCUCCUUCUGAUUUGAUGAUACGUGCUUUGGAGUUAUUAUACUCAUUGAAGGCACUUGAUGAUUAUGGAAGAUUGACAAUGCCGCUAGGAAUGCAGUUGGCUGAAAUUCCAGUUGACGCUAUGCUUGGAAAAAUCUUAUUAGAUUCUUACAAGUAUCAAUGUGGCGAAGAAAUACUAACAAUAGCAGCAAUGCUAUCAGUACAAGUAUGUAAAAUUUUUAAUGCAUUUGUAACACAAGGAAAAAAAUCUCGUAGAUGGUGUUAUGAUCAUUCAUUAAAUUUUCGUGCAUUAUCAAGAGCUUUAUCAAUCCGUCAUCAAUUACGAAAAUAUAUGGAAAGGUUUGAUGUUCCAGUUGAAUCUUGUGGCACCGGGAAUAAGGAUAAUAUUGUAAAGAUACGCAAAUGUCUUGUUAGUGGAUAUUUUGCCAACGCAGCUAAAAUGUUGCCUGAUGGAAGUUUUCAAACUAUUAGAAAUAAUGCCGUAUUUGUUGAAACAACAAAGCCUUAUAUGCGUGACAUGACAGUUAUAGAUCCAGCUUGGUUAUCUGAAUUAGCCCCUCAUUUUUACAAAUUCAAAAAAUGA